AUGGAAGCACUCUUGACGUCCGACGAUGUGCGUUCACGUUUCGUCGCAGCUGGCGCUGUCCAGCCUUUGGUAGCCAUGCUAUCCGACAAUUCCAUGGAUGCCAAAUGCCAGGCAGCCAAGGCUUUGGCCAACCUUGGACACUGCGCAGUCGGGAAGCGCAUUUUGGUGACAGCAGGUGGAGUGCCAGCCCUGAUGAGGCUCUUCACGGCACACAGCGGGGAAUGUCAGGAGGCCGCUAUGGCAGUCCUGGUGCAUGUGGCUGCGGGCGAGAAGGCGCGUGAAGAGCUGAUUUCCGGAGGCAUAUCGCCGUAUUUGACGGCCAUGCUGGAUGCCGCCUCACCAACAACUAUCUCACACGCAGUGAGGUUGCUGGGGCAUUUGGCAGCACACGAGGACGUAGCGCGUGCCCUGGCGGAGGGUUUCGUUGUCAAGCUACUGGCCCUCCUGAGCGGCGACCACCCAGAUGAGGUCAAUUUGCCCACAGCUUUCGCCAUCGCCCAGCUGGCCUCGAUGGACGAAAGGAGGAGAUUCCUGGUAGAAGCACAUGUUGUCGAAAAGCUGUUACGCCUGCUCAACGAGGGGAGCUAUGACUGCAAGGCUGAGGCGGGCUCCGCCUUUGCAGCACUCGUGGGUACCAAAGACAAGCGCACCUUCAAAAAGAUCGCGGCACAUAUGCUGGAUGCUGGUGUGCUCACUCCUUUGCUAGCGAUGAUGGGCUGCAGCCAUGAAAAUUGUGCCACCCAAGCAGCUCGAGUCUUGACAGCUCUCGCUGGCACUGCACGCAGUGCCGACGUGAUGCUUUCUCAAGGUGCUUUGCGACAACUCGUCGAGCAACUGCGUGCGCCGAUCUCACCUGCACAUGCCAAACGCGUGGCACAUGUGCUUCAGGCCUUGGCCAACUUCAAGAGAACCGAGAUGGAGCUGGAGUUGUCACAAGAAAGCGCCCAGGAACUUCUGCUGGCGGCACUACAGCGCGGCCACGAUGAAUCCCGGCCUCGGGAAACCCACAAGGCGGAGACGUUGCGACCGAAAGGAGGCGCAGGCCACACAGUCCUCCCAAUGUUAACAAACCUGAAACCUGGCAGGAAGAUGCUUCCGAUGGACACCAUAAUCCGCACGCCACGCAAGCUGCCGGCUGGGAUGGCGCCGUUACCUCCAUUGCAUUGUUUCUACUGA